AUGGCUUCUUCAAACUCAUCGUCGGACGAUAUUGCGUAUCCCACGCACAUGAUAGACAACGUGUCGGUCUUGAAGUUCCUCGUGAUGGCAUGGACCAUGCGCUUCAACGAUGUCAUGGAUGCUGACAAACUUCACCAAUCGCUAUCGGAAUUACUUACCAUUGGCGACUGGAAGAAACUUGGUGGAAGAUUAAGAGCUGGUCAUAACAAGAGAGGGGCUCUUGAGGUUCAUGUCCCGACUACUUACACAAAUGAACGACCCGCCGUGUCUUACUCGCACCAACAUUACGAUAUCAGCAUCGAAGAGCACAACGUAGCAAAGCUGUUGCCGCAAGCGACAAGCCGACCGUCGAUCUUUCCUGGGGCAUCGGGGCCUCGAGACUUUGGUAUACCGCCAGGUACACCGACGUCGCUGAAGGAUUAUACCAGUCGGGAUGUCCCCAUGAUAAGCCUUCACAUUAUCACAUUCCAGGACGCGACACUGGUUACUAUUACAUGGCCACAUGUUAUGUUCGAUGGCGUUGGGUUCUCUCACCUGAUUGAGGCGUGGUCAGCAAUACUCGCUGGUCACAAAGAACGUGUCCCAAAUCUCAUCGGUGCAAAGGAAGACGUUCUCUACAACCUCGGAGAUAUCACCCAUGCUGGACCGCUGUAUGCAGCGAGUGAAGCCCGAAUUCUUUCAGGUCUAGCGUUCAUAUUCUUUGUCGUUCGUAUGCUCUGGAUCAUCCUGACUCAACCAACCGUUGAAAGCCGCAUUAUCUGCCUUCCGAAGGACGUGGUAGACAGACUACAUCAGCGAGCGCUAGCAGAUAUCAAAGAUGAGAGCUCAGAUCAAGAUGAUCCAUGGGUUAGUCCAAGUGAUGCCAUCUUGGCGUGGCUCAGUCGUACCUUGGUCCAUUCAUCGAAAGCUACCCGCACGAUUAGCAUGACUACUCCGAUCGAUGCCCGCACCCGAUUAUCUCAACUUCAAAACGCAGGUGGUGUCUACGUUCAGAACAUGAUCCUAGGGUCUUUUGUCAACAUCGCACCAGAUACGCUCCGUGGACGAUUGGGAAAGCAAGCCCUUGUGAGUCGCCAGGGCUUAAUGCACCAACUGGAUGAGUCGAACUUGAUAGGCAUCCUUCAACUCUUUCGCAAGCGCUGGGAUGGCGGCAAAACAAGGGCGCCGAUUUUUGCUGCACCUGGGAGUGUACUCUUAGUUACCAACAACAGGCUCAAAAUCGAUCUCUUUACAGCAGCCGACUUUAGGCCAGCAGUAAGCCAGGCUAGCAACCACAAACACCGGAUGAACCGUCCUGGAAGACCCGUUCAUCACUAUGCUUCGUCGUUGAAUGCCGGAAUUACAAUGAGGAACUUUGUCAACAUUCAUACGAUAGAUCUUGAUGGUAACUACUGGUUAUCUGGGUUCUUCACACCGCGGCAGUGGUCAAGGAUUGAGGAAGGGUUUGAAGAGUUGCUGUAA